AUCUUCUUGUGGGGAUCUCGAUAUUGAUAUUUAAACAAAUGCUUCCAUCUCUAAUUGUUGGACUACAGACCAUACUUAAUUCUAAUGAGAAGGCAUUGUCCUGCCGUGUAGUUUUCAACACAGACAAGAACCACUCAGUGGUCCAGACCUACAAUGCAACCACGUACAAGCAUUGCAACUACAACGAUGCCGAGGACGAUGACACGAUGGAAUGGUCUGCCGGAGAGCCGGAGUUCAGCAAGGAGGCGGCGACCGUCGCCGUGCCACUGCUCAAAGAAGGAUUGACCUACUUCUUCUCAGGCAAUUACGAUGGCGAGCAAUGUCAGCAAGGACAGCACUUCAAAUCAACGUCAGCCAUGGACAGGGAUUGCCUCCUAGCCUCAAGAGCCCGUCGGGCGGCACCGGCGCCGAACAGCCCGGAUGAUGAGAGCUUGGUGCCUGACACUGUGGUUCCCUCCAACUUCAAUAAUCCAGCAGACACCAGCCCUGUUAAUGCAACAUCAGGGGCUGGUGAGGCUCUGCCCAGAUUAGUGGGGAAGGAGGGUGGGAAGUUGCUUUUGGGGUUGGGGCUUGUGGGGGCUCUUCUGAUUUAUUGAUGAAACUGAGAUUAGCUGUGUUUCUCUAAGUAUAGCUUAUUUUUUAUUGAAUUUAUUCCUAAUAGUUAGUUUGGGGUAUGGUAUGGUGCUGAAUUUAUGUUUGGUUGAUUGGAUGUCUUUCAUUGUAUAUGAAAAUAAGAAUGCAGUUGCAUAAUCUUAUUUUAGUGUUUGA